UGGAUUUGUACAGUUAAACAAUAAUACAAAGCUACCAAUUUCAACAAACCAUAAAGAUUUAGAGCCUUUAUUGUUUCCAUAUUUAUUUUUAAAUGAUGGUGACAAAUUUCGUGAACAUGUGGUUGCAAGACGUUUGAGUGGUAUGGAAUUGUUUUUUCUGUUAUUGGGAGAAACAAUAUGUGAAUCAUCAGAUCAAAUAAAGUUUCUUAUUACUGAUCCACAAAAAAUUAGAAGCAAGACAGUUCUUCCUAUCAAUAUGAUAAAUGAAGAUGAAGAUGAUCUUUAUUUUAAAGACACUAUUGAAAAAUAUAUGAUGAGACCUUUAGAUCCUGUUUUUAAUGAUAUUACAUAUCCAGCAUAUUUUGAAAAUUAUAUUGUACAAAAUUCUAGACCUAAAAGUAAAAAGAAUGAAAUAUAUCAAGAUCAAUUUAAUAAUUAUAUAACAAAACGAGGUAAAAAUAUAAUCGUAAGAUUUAGGUUUUUAAAGAUUACAGAUGGUGAACCUUUCUUCUAUCAACAAUUACUUAAAAAUAUUCCAACAAGAAGUGAAGAAGAAUUGUUGGGUCAAUUUAAGACAUAUCGAGAAAAAUUUUUAUCUCUCUUCCCAGAUUUUGCAAUGGAGAUUAAAAAUUCCAAUAACUCCAAAUACUUGGAUAUCAGACAACAGCUCUUAAUGCAUUAUUCUGAACACAUUGAAAAUCUAUUAUCAUCAUUGAGUGAAUUGAUAAAUAUAGAUAUUCAAUAUACAAAUGAGUAA